UCCAGGUUUUUCUGCACCCGUGUUUCUGCAAUUGGAGAGCCGGGAAAGUGCUGGAGACAUCACCAUGGUUGCUGGCUUCACGGCGGGAGAUAAAGACCACAGCUUGAUGACUGCACGUACGCUGGAUAGUCCACGCAUCCUCUUCGUCGUUAUAAGCGGCAGUAGUUCUUGAACGCAGCAGGACGCUCUUCACUAAGCGACGGCGGCAUUUUCUGCGAACUAUACAAUGACUUGAAGCUGCGGACAAAGUUUGGACCACUUGCGACAGUCGAGAUGAACGCCUACUGUUGAACGCCCAGCAGCAUUCAAUUGAACGCGUAAGGGUAAGAAGGCGUUCGUCGAUAAGGUGAAGAAGAUACGGCAGCUGGAUUAGCAUUGGAAGCCACGACACCCUUCAAUGACUACUCAAAGCCUGAAUCCUCGGACCGAAUGCUCAGGGUUGAACGUAUUUUGGCAGGCCGUUCAUUCACGAACGUGUUGAAUGUUCAAGAAGUUCAUUGAUUAAAGUUAGAAAAGUGCGUCAGAGCGAACUUGUUAAAUCAAGACCUGCUUUGAAAGCACCACUAAGUGGAGUUUCAGAGUAGUCUGUCGGUUAUAUAUACCUGCCUAUUUUAGGCUCCUACGAGCGGUAACCCAGUUUCUUGGAGGUUGUCGGCAGAAAAAAGCUAGUUCGGAUACAUCAUAUAAUAUUUUACUUUAUGCAAGACGGCGAGGCGGCUGCGUCGUAGAAGGUAUUACGUUCACUGUGCACGCGAGGACUUCAAUACUAUCGGCAAAGUAAAAAAGCUCGUACCUGAGACCAUGAAACGAAAAAGUGAUCGCGCCACAUUAUACCUUUUCCUGAUACCUCGGAGGGAACGUCAAGACCUGUCCACUGGGUGAAUCAAUAAUCGGCCGCCAGAAUCGUCUGGCAUUCCUUUUAUUACCGCGAACUGCCGCGCAUUGAGAGGAAACGUGGGUUCGCGAGUUGUGAAAUAUUUAAUCUAAAGCCGUAGGUUACGCGCGGCGACGAACAAGCUGCCCAACAGGGGCGGGUGUCUAGACGCUACGGUGAAGCCUUAAAACACUAGAAACUUUUCUGUUGUAAACUUCAUAAGGGAACUGUUCAAUAUACUGUGGUAGGCACGCUGUCGCCAUAGUAACAUUGAAAGUGUAGUGCUACACGCGUGGAAUCUAAUAGUUAACAUUAUAAACUAAGCAGACUACCUUUAACUGAUUUCAAAUUUGACUGACACAAUCACCAGGUCGGCAUACAUGGACAUAGUAAGUGUGAGUCUGGCAGCCGGGCUUUGGUAGGUAGCUGCAACCUAAGUUAAGCUCUCGCUGUUUCUGGCUCUCCUGCGUGUAACGUCAAGGCGGACAGCGUUCUAGGAACAGUGUGUGCUCAUCGGUAACUGCGAUUAAGAAAUCAAGGCCUUACAUCUGCUAUACCAAUCUAGAAACAGCUGCCUUCGAGGAAGACAGUGUACGGAUAGGGUGCCAAAGCAUCCAAACGGUCCCACCCAGCGAAGCGCGACAAGUCGACGUUGUAGGCUCGAUCCCAUUUUGGGCCCCACGAAUCAAGGAAACUUACAAAAAAAAAAGGCUCGACGAAGAUCUACCUCUGAGUGCUGCGAGCCGUGGUGAUUCAUCGAGGCGACUGUGAUGGAGAACGUCGCCGUGGCGGCGGUGAGCUCGCUGGAGGACAACGCCACCAUACGGGAGUACCUGGAACUUCGGCUGGGCCCUCAGCACAUCCUGCUACCCAUCGUGAUCCCACUAACGGUUCUGUACGUGGUAGUGUUUGUGAGCGGCGUCGUAGGAAACGUCACGGUGUGCUUGGUGAUUGCAAGGAACUCGCACUUCCAGACGCCCACCAACUACUACCUCUUCCUCGCCAUCUCAGAUCUGCUCAUACUCGUCUUCGGGCUUCCCAACGACCUGAAGCUGUACUGGCAGCAGUACCCAUGGCGCUUGGGCGAGGCCCUGUGUCGUUUCCGGGCCCUGGUGGCGGAGGCUACUUCCUACGCCUCCGUUCUGACUAUCGUGGCGUUCACUGCAGAGCGCUACGUGGCCAUCUAUCACCCACUCUUCCUGCAGACUACGUCAUGUUUGACGCGUGCCGUACGCAUCAUCGCCAUCAUCUGGGUGGUGUCGCUGGUCAGCGCCGUACCGUUCGCCAUAUACACCCGGAUCAACUUCGUCGACUUUCCGUUGGGCUCGGGCCGCGUGGUGCCCGAGUCGGCCUUCUGCGCCCUGCCGAUGGACACGACGGCGGUCAGCCUUCCGCUGCUCCAGUGCUCGACGUUCGCCUUCUUCUGCCUUCCCAUGACACUGAUAGCAGUGCUGUACCUCAAGAUAGGCAUGCGACUACGGAGCCAGCCGGGACCGGGCCAGCAAGGGAGGCACCAGCGAAGACCCGUGCACAGAAUGCUCGUGGCGGUGGUGAUCGCCUUCUUCGUCUGUUGGGCGCCAUUCCACACCCAGCGCCUUCUGGUGGUGUACGUCAGCCCCAGCCAGUGGACCACGGGUCUACGCACACUCAACGAGGUGCUCUAUUACACCGCCGGGUGCCUCUACUACUUCAGUGCCACCAUCAACCCGAUACUCUACUCACUCAUGUCUGUCAAGUACCGAGAGGCAUUUCGAGACGCCCUCUGCACGCUCUCCAAGACCAAGCAGCGGCUAUCGGCGGGCGAGUUUGAAGCGGGUGCAACAGUCGUCAUCGUUGGCGCCGGCCACUCUAUCCUGGACAACACAAGACUGAGCACGCUGAAGCCGUACUCAAUCGUCCAGCGCGUCGACACCGACGAGGCUAACGUGGACGACGGCGCGGACAUCGCCAUGCGGGCGCUCAUCAUCCAGGCAGUGCUCCGCGUUAGGCCUAACCAGGAACCGCCAUUGACGCCAACGAAGAGUGAAGCAGACGACAAGGAAAAGACUCCUACCAUAGAGAUCGGCUCCAGUGACAAAAGCCCCGAGCCGUCGGAGACGGUGGUGUGAAUUUCGCGCGGGUGAUCCUCAUGGGUUAGAAAACCUAGACAUCGUCGAGAAUGAUGCUCAUGUUCUUUAGCUCACCAAAGGGUGCACGUUUUUCCACCGUCCAUGACGACCAAAUGUGUUCACAGUUGGGGAACCGAGAUUCGCAUUUAGACACUGUGGAGCGCAGUGAUUGCACAUUAUGGUCAUUUCCCUGU